UGAAGUGAGAUUGAAUCCAACACGGUCGAACAGACAAAGCCUAAGCUCCGCCGUUGACGGCCAUUUGAUUCCUUUGAUCAGAUCUGAUCAUCAUCGGAGUGAAAUUGCCGGAAAAGUAUAACACUUAAAUCUCUUCUUGGUUGGUUAUGGCUAGAAAUGGCAGAAUUACCACCAUCGGCAUAAGAAUCUACAGCUCAAUACUUCUAUUUGCGAUUACGGCUUACCCUUCUCUCGCCUACAGACCCGGUGAUAUCAUUCCAAUGAGCAAGAUGGGUCAAUACCAUUCUUCAAGAACAGUCUGGCAUGACAUGAUUGGCCGUCACUGCCCUAUAUUUUCCGUGAAUCGAGAGGUUUUGAUACCAAUACCAAAGCCAACGGGUUUCACUGGUGCUGAUCCUUACAAAAUAUCAUUUCAAGUUGGAAAAGAGAAGUUUUUGGUUCCAUGGCUUUUAGUAAUCAAUAGGAAGAGUUCGGAGGUUCCAAUGAUUGAUUUUCAUUUGAGAUAUGCUGGGGGUGAUUUGCUAGGCAUCACUGCCAAAGUUGUGGACAUGCCACACAAGUAUGUUGAAAUGCACCCAGACAUUCGAAAACAAUUCUGGGAUCAAGAACAUUGGCCAAAACACGUUCUUGCUAGAUACACAUGGGAUGAGCAAUCCGAGAUAGAUGUGGUUUCUGGAUUUUAUGUUCUGUUUGGAUCAGGGCUUAUGAUGACUUUAAUUCUAUCCAUCUACGUCUUGCAGUCUUCUAGAGAUAAAUUUUCGAGGUUUGUGCAGGAGACCGUGAUACAAAGCAGUAUGUCAAGCGGAGAAUUAGCUAAGGUCGAAUGACCAAUGAACUGUUGCAAAUGUUUCGCCCGGUUUGUGUCAAGAAAUCGUAGCUUCUUUGUUUGUUUUUUUGUGAAACGCCAAAGUUAAGUAUUUCAUCAUGUAAGCAGAUAUCAUUUGCUGUUUAGACAAAAGAGGAGAUUGUGAAAUAGGCUUUAGAAAGGAUUAAAAAAGGAUACCUUAUUGAGAUAUCAUAGGAUAUGUAACUAUUCCUUGUAACAAAUGGUGCAUUUAAUGCUAUUUUCAUUGGUAAUUCAUACUCAAGGGCUUAUUUGA